CAGGGCGAUUGGGGUGAUUUCACUGACUUGGUGUGUCUAAAAAUCCUUGGGGAAGUUGGGUUUAUUAAGAAAGGACUAGUGGCCAUGCCGAAGCCCACAGUGUUUGUCCUUGGCUGCAGUGGAUCUGUGGGGUCUGCCACGGUGAGAGCUCUGUCUGAAAAGUACUCAGACAAAGUUAAAAUCCUAGCUGGAACCAGAGACCCAACAUUAGAGAGGGCAGUCGUGUUGAAAACCCUACCAGGAGUGACUGUCCUUCGAGCUGACAUGAAUGACAAAGAGGGAUUGCGUGAGCUGUUACGUGGCGUGAUGUCUUUGUUUAUUGUGACCCCAACCAAUGGCUGGAAACUUGCGAUUGGAGCAGCACUGGAAGCCAAGUCAUCUGGAGUUAAGCACAUCCUUACUGUGAGUGUCCUUACUGUCGAGAUAACCGAUUCCAUCUACGGAAAACAGUAUGGCGAGCUGGAAUCAAGUGUGAAGGAUCUAGAUAUACCAUACACCUUUAUUCGCCUUCCUCCUUUCGUUGACAACUAUUGGGGCCACAAACAGUCUAUUCAAGAGAAGUCAUCAUUUAGUACCCCAGGGGACCCAACUAAACCUUUCUCAGCUGUUGUGGUAGCUGAUGCUGGGUGGGCUGCGGCGGCAAUCAUGGUCGAACCAGAGAAGCAUUAUGGAAAGACCUACAAGUUGAUAAGCAAUCGCCAUACUCUGGGAGAGCUUGCUAGCACUUACAGCGAAGUCUUCGGAAGGAAAAUUAAAUAUGAACGAAUCUCUUACGAGAAUUGUAGAAAGCGUCUCAUCAAUGUGGUUGGUUUUAGUGAAGAGGACGCCGAUGGAAUCUUAGAAAUCUACCGGAUGACGGAUGAAGAGAAUCCUUUGAUCGAUGAUCCCGAUAUGACACACUUCACCAAGAUCACUGGCGAAGAGCCUACUACUUUAAAGGAGUGGGUGAUUGAGGUAGCUGCAGCCUUCAAGUGAAUGAGUUUUACUAUUAAGGCAUUGUUCACUAAGACUGAUAUAAACAAAAUAAAGCUUUUAAAAGAAAA